GUUUUGGUUCGUGUCGUUGAGUAUCGGUUCAACUGUUGAUUAAUGUAAAGUUGUUACUUUUCUGACCGGAAAUGUAUGAAAAUACUGAUGAGUAAAACUAGAGCUUUUAUUUUGAAAGUCGUCGCCGGAUGUCAUUGCACUGCAGCUUGUUUUCCUCUGAAGGCUCUGUUUUCGUCAGUGUAGCGUGAAAUCCCGCUGGACGAACCCACGCAGACUCUCAACUCAAACAUGUUGAGUUGUGGAUCAUUACUCGUGGUUCUGCUCGCUGUGUCUGCUGGACUUUACAUGCUGCCUUCACCUAUUCACCCCAGACCUCACAUACUGAAAGGACCGCCUCCAGAACUCGUGGGUCCUCUGGCUGUAAACAAUCGUCUUCACAACGGACGCAGACUUUUCUCUGGAGAACUUCACGGACCAGAAUCCUUCACUGCAGACGAGAACGGUCAUGUUUACACAGGAACAGUUGAUGGAAAGUUAUGGAGAAUUUCUCCUGAUGAUUCUCUGACUCUGAUCACACAGAUGGGACAGAAUCUUCCAGAGUGCAGCAGUCCAGACUAUGAGCCUCUGUGUGGUCGUCCUCACGGCGUUCGUCUGGACGCCGACGGUCAGCUGAUUGUUGCAGAUUCGUACCUGGGACUUUUCAGUGUUGACGUGAAAACUGGAGCAAAGACGUUGUUGUUGUCAAACUCUGAGGGAGCUGACGGCGUCCCCUUCUCUUUUCUAAACGGUUUGGACAUUUCCUCACAAACUGGGAUGAUUUAUUUCACCGACUCAUCCAGUCGCUGGGGACGGAGACAUGUCAAACUGGAGGUGCUGGAGCUGAACAGCCUGGGUCGUCUUGUGUCGUUUGAUCCUCAAACACAAAAAGUCAAAGUUCUGCUGGAUUCUCUCUUCAUGCCCAACGGCAUCGUUCUGUCUCCGGGCGAAGACUUCCUGCUGCUGGCUGAGACCAGCGUGGGACGCGUCCUCAGAUUUUGGUUGAAGGGUCCGAAGGCCGGAACGAAGGAAGUUGUCAUGGACAACAUGAUCGGUUACCCUGACAACAUCCGCCUGAGUGACCACGGAACAUUCCUUGUUGGAAUAACAACACCGCGGUUCCGGAGGUUCCUUCCUCCGUUCUUGGAUAUGAUUGCUCCAUAUCCAGCUGUGAAAAGAUUCUUGGCAAAGGUGAUUCCACUCACUUGGUAUAAUCUGCUGCUGCCACGUUACGCUCUGGUCCUGGAGCUGGGAUUAGACGGCGAGUUGGUGGGAACGCUUCAUGACCCCGAAGGUCGUCUGACGUGGGCCAUCAGCGACGUGUUCCAGCACCGAGGAAGGACGUACCUGGGCAACACUGAACUGUCGUUCCUGCCUGUUCUGGAGCGCUGGGAAAACUGACGAUGGAGACGGAAAACUGGCUCCUCCCUUUUAUUUCCUUUUAUUUUAUUUUAAACAUGUUUGUCGAGCAGCGAAGAGGAAAGUUAAUUUGAUUUUUUUCCAGGUUUUAUCAUAUUUAACUUCUGCAGUCGUUCACAGAUGUCACUCUUUUCCAUGUCCUCCUGGAGAAUUCCUUGGUUUUCCAGGACAGAAAAAUAAUAAACUCAUUUCAGUUUCCUUCUCGGUUACGACUCAGAAAUAGGACGAUGGUGGGCAGUAGAACGUUAAACUAUAUUAAGUCCAGGAGAAGAAAAAGUUAAUCUGGAGAGAUUAAUCAGAUUAUAUAUUAAUAUCAUUAGAAUGUGGUGAAAUAAAUGAUUAAUUCUGA